AUGGAGGUCCGCCCCAAUCCAACGGCCGACAACUCGUCGGUCGCGCAGCCCCAGCGUCAGCGCCAAACACCCGCAACUACUCAGAAAAAGCCCCCUGCUUCUCCCAUCCCCGUCGACACCACCUCCGUUUCACAAAGGCUUCAGAAGGAGUUGAUGUCUCUGAUGAUGAGUGGAGGAGAUCUUGGAGUAUCGGCUUUUCCUGAAGGUGAGAGCAUUUUUACAUGGCUUGGCACAAUUGAAGGUGGAAAAGGAACUAUGUAUGAGGGUUUAUCCUACAAACUUUCUUUGCGUUUUCCUCUGGACUAUCCUUUCAAGCCACCCCAAGUCAAGUUUGAGACAAUGUGCUUCCAUCCAAAUGUUGAUCAGUUUGGAAAUAUAUGUCUUGAUAUUCUGCAGGACAAGUGGUCUUCAGCGUACGAUUGCAGGACUAUACUUCUGUCCAUUCAAAGUCUAUUGGGAGAACCAAACCCGGAGAGUCCCCUCAACAGCUAUGCUGCUGCUCUGUGGAAUAAUAAGGAAGAUUACAGAAAAAUGGUCCACAAACAGUACUUUGCCGGAGAAUCACUUGAGAGUUGA